AUGGCCGCCCCCGUCCUCCCUCCAACGCAGGUCAAGCUGCCUGAGCUGCCCUCCUCAGGAUUGACCCCCGAGCAGGUCCACUGGAAGGCAUUCAAGAAUCCUCUGCUCAUUCCUUCGCCUGCAAAUGGACCGGUCAAUCUCAUUACCCAACCAUCUGCGCCUGCAUCAGCUUCUGCCUUCCCAUCCCUCACACAGCCCCCCGACGUCUUCACCGUAACGACCGGCGCCCGCGUCCAGAUCUACUCCAUCCGCACACGAAAACUUCUCCGAACCAUCACACGAUUCGACGACACCGUGCGAGGCACAGAUGUGCGUCCCGAUGGCCGAAUUCUCGUGACAGGUGAUGAUACGGGCACGAUCCAGGUGUUUGAUGUGGGUUCGCGAGCGAUCCUGAAGACAUGGAAGGACCACAAGCAAUCCGUUUGGGUGACAAAGUUUUCUCCAAGUGAUCCAACCUCUGUUCUCUCCGCUAGUGAUGACCGCACUGUCAGGUUGUGGGAUCUUCCCAGUGAGAGCAGUAUCAAGACCUUCGUGGGCCACUCCGAUUAUGUGCGUACUGCUGCGUUCAUGCCCGGGUCGCUGGCCUCGUCUGGGUCUCUGCUCUCUGGUAGUUAUGAUCGCACUGUGCGUUUGUGGGAUCCUCGUGUGGAAGGUCGGUCCGCCAUGACAUUCAAGAUGGGUGCCCCGAUUGAGUCGGUUCUUCCGUUGCCCACGGGCACCACGGUGCUGGCGGCCGCCGACAACAAAAUCGCCGUGCUCGAUAUUGUGGCCGGAAAACCACUGCAUAUGAUCCAGAGCCAUCAAAAGACGGUCACAUCUCUGUCUUUGGCCUCGGAUGGCCAACGCCUACUCAGCGGUGCUUUGGACGGCCAUUUGAAGAUCCACGAGACGACAGGUUGGAAUGUAGUUGCCGGAUUCAAGUACCCGUCCCCCAUCUUGUCGCUGUGUGCAAUCACCUCUGGAGCUGUGCGAGAAGACAAGCACAUCGCAGUCGGUAUGCAGUCUGGGCUUCUCUCGAUCAAAACCCGGCUGUCGGGCCAGCAAAAAGUGCGGGAGCGGGAACGCAAGAAGGAGAUGGAGGCUCUGCUUGAAGGCAAGAUCGAAGAGCACGAUAAGAAGCUGGCGAAGCUAAAGAAGAAGCGCCAAUCCUCGGCCUGGGAGCGACGCUGGCGCGGUCUCGAUUUCUCCGGCGAGGGCGUGGACAUCGUCAUUGAUAGUAGCGAUAAGAAAAAGCGGAGGAAGGAAAAGGGCUGGGAGCUAGAUCUCCGCAAGGGACGUUAUGCCGCUGCCUUGGAUCAAGCUCUGACGUCAACCGAUAAGAUGGUACAGCUUACUCUUCUGACGGAGCUGCGACAUCGGUCGGCGCUGCGCGCAUCACUGCAGGGACGGGAUGAAGUGACACUGCAGCCCGUGCUCCGGUGGGUGCACAAGCAUAUUGCAGAGCCACGGCUGGUGAAGCUGAGCGUCGAGGUCGCGAUGCACGUGCUGGACAUCUACUCUGGCAACCUGGGACAGUCGGCGCAGAUCGACAAGCUUGUGGAGCGAUUACACUGGCGGGUACGAGACGAGGUCGACCUCGCGCAUCAAGCAUACGCGACCAAGGGGAUGCUAGACAUGCUACGGGCAUAG